UCUCUUGCUUUCUUCAACUCUCUCUCUCUCUCUCUCUCUCUCUCUCUCUCUCUCUCUUUCUCUUUUUCUCUCUCUCUCUCCCUCUCUCUUUCUCUCUUUUUCUUUCUGUAUAUAUCUCUGGAUUGCGCGCACUCUGUUACUUUUCCUUGAGACGGGAGACGGAGGAGGAAGAAGAAGAAGAAGAAGCAGAAGAAGAAGAAGAAUAAGAAGAAGAAUAAUAAUAAGAAGAAGAAAAAGAAGAGGGAGUAGAGGAAAAAAAACAGAAGAAAAAACAACGAAGAAGAAGAAGAAGAAGAGUUACGGGUAUUAUUCGUAGUUCCGCGUGGUCACGCAGAGAUAAAUGGAUAAAGUGAGAAAGAAAGAAAGAGAAGAUGGUCGCGUCAUAUUCGUCCGUGUGUCGUGCUGUCGCAACGCGUUGUCGAGGAGUGUCGUGUAGAGUGUCUUUCCUUGUGUUUUCCUAUCAGUGUGUUUGCUUCGCGUGUUGUUUUCGCUCGCGAGAAGGAAGAAAUCUUGAUUCUCGAUAGGUCGCGUUGAAAGGAAGAGGAUUCACGUCGAUGAUGCGCGUUCCGUUCUUGGCGACGGCGCGUCGCAGAGUACGCGCGCGCGCCUCUGGGCCCGUCCAUAUAUCGUGAGCUCUGUAUAUAUCUCGACAAGGAGAGAGAGAGAGAGAGAGAGAGAGAGGAUGAAAAGGAGAGGGACGAUCGUCGUAGCGCGCUUAUCGCGUAUAUCUCGAUAACUUGGACGCGAUGAUGAGAGAACUCGGACGAGACGGCGACAUAAAUAACGUCAAAAAAUACGAAAACGAUUUCAAAAACGCACGAUUCCGAACAACUUUUGCCGUUCUAUUUGGAAUCGCGAGCAAGACAACGGCGCCGAGAGCGCCUCCUUUUCGUUCGUGCGUGCGUCGUCAACGCUAGCGGCCGACGCCAGCGGCCGACGCCAGAUCGACCGAUCGACCGAUCGACCGAACGACCGACCGACCGACCGACCGACCGACCGACCGACCGACCAACCGACCGACCAGAGAAUCCUCCUACACGUUUCACUCUCUUCUCUUUCACGAGAGUUCCUCUCUUUCUCUCUCUCUCUUCCCUCAUAGCCGUGCAUCCAUGUGUGUGCGCGCGUGUCUAUGUGUGCGUGCGCUUGUGCGUGUGUGUAUGUGUGUAUGCGCGCGCGCGCCUCUCUCUCUCUCUUCCUCGAUGGAGAGCGAGACGAGAGGGAGACCUGCUCUCUACCGUCCUUGGCCUAGCCGGCAAUAAUUUCCGGAUGAAUUUGAAUGGCGUACUGCGCGCGCGCGCGCGCGUGCGUCUUUCUCUCUCCCUCCCUCCCUCCCGCCCUCCCUCCCUCCCCCCUUCCCCACUUUGCCUUUCUCUUCCACUCUCCCCACGCAACUCCCUCGGCCAGAGUUCCUCUCUCAUCGUCGACCGUUUUCCUUCCAGCAGUGGCUCUCAUUCGACUAACGGGACAAAACUCUUCAGUCUUCCUUUCCCCUUUCUCUUCCUGGGCAAUUCAGCGAAACAUCUGUCGUUUCCACGGGCUCGACGUCGUAGGGGAAUAUUGAUUUAUUUCUCUAGCAAAAGUAGGGGAAGAGAACUCAGCCCUUGUCCUUUCUCGGUUCUUCUCUACCUACCGUUUUGCGUACCCUCCUUUGCCCCUACUCUUGUCAUUACGCGCAAGCGCGUACAACUUACUCGUGUACCUACGUACGAGAGAAAGUGGGACUUAUGGCCAGGGAGAGCUUCUCUUUCUCCUACUUCCCCUCCUUUUUCCUCGAGCACGAUCAAUACUAGCGAGGUCCCUCCUCGAGCUUCUCUAGAGUACACGGCGCACGCACCGGUGCACUUAACCACCCUCUCUCUUUUCUACGAGAUCGUCCGACUUCCUUCCGAACUACCCUCUUCGAUCCGUACGAUCGAUCUUACGAGACUUCUUUUUGAUAGGUUUACUUCCCUUCCGUGGCUUACGUAAGUAGGAGGGCCCUGUAUAACGACCAUCGCGAGGGAAGGAUUAUUGUUCCAGGAAUAGUGGCCGACCACUGAGGACUUCAAAGAUGGAGGGUAGCGGUACUGUUAGCAGGUUGGACUGCUACGAGGAUAUGUUCAAGGAAAUUACUCGGAAGCUUUACGGCGAGGAUCCGGAUCACAGAACUUCGAGCGUGCAAAACGAAUUCGAGACCUCCGUAUCGUACAAGAACGACGAGGACACCGGAAAUGGUACGGACGGAAGCGACGAAGGUAAUUGGACUUGCGAGGAAGAACCUCUUAAAGGCACCGAUGGCAGCCGAAUAGCUGCUUAUCACGCCGGCAAGGCAACAUGGAGAUGCUACGAGUGCGGCGACGUUAUGGGAGGUGGGCCACGAGAGGUCGCUGAACAUUUUAUGGAACUACACUCGUCGAGGAUUCUCGCCGACGACAGCAGAAACAGACACCAUUCGCCUCGUAAGGAUUAUAUGCAGACGGAGCUCAAGGCCGAAGAAGUCGUAUCCUAUUUGGAAAGAUUGAGGGAACGCGCGGAAACGGCUGCGCCACCUUCCCGGAGGACUCAGGAAACGCAGACCGUACCUGCCGCUUUAUUACCGAUGACCUCGACCUUUCUUUUGCAAGAAUUACCGUCCGCCCCAGCGCCGCAACACCUACAUCAGAACUCAGCAACGAUGCCGACUUCGGCUACGACAUCGGCCAGCAGCAAAAGAUAUACUUGUCCGUAUUGCCCCUACGGUACCGAUAGACGGGACCUAUACACGCGUCAUGAAAAUAUUCACCGUGAGGAAAAACCCUUCCAUUGUUACAUUUGCUACAAACCGUUCAAUCGUGCCGAUCACGUGAAGAAACACUUUCUCCGUAUGCACCGUGAGCACGGCUACGAAUUGUCCAGAAUAAGAAGACCGGCCGGAACGACCGCUCCCAAGCCAUUGCAACAGGACGCGAAUGCAACGCCUACCGGUAAUAAUGCUAAUCAACAGCAGCAGCAGCAGCAGCAACAACAACAACAACAACAACAACAACAACAGCAGCAGCAGCAGCAGCAGCAGCAGCAGCAACAACAACAGCAGCAACACGCUACGUAUUCGUCCAAUUACAAUGGCAACAAAAGUUAUCAAUUGCAGCCUAAUCCUGGAUCUGGUACGACCGCGGGUACGACAGGCAUAUAUCAAGCAACGACUAUGCCGGCGCCAGGUAUUAUGCAACCGGAUGGAAACAACUGUGGGACGGGUAGAAGAGUACAAAAUGGCGGCUGCAACAGCAAAAGUCAUUUGAAGGGAGGUUCGAAAGGAGCCCAAGAAAGAAGGUAUACCUGUAGCUAUUGUUCGUGGAGCGGAGUCGAUAAUUGGUGCCUAAAGCGUCAUCUGAAUACGCACUUGAAGCCGUUCGCUUGCAUGCUUUGCGAGUACAAAGCGGCACGUGCCGAGCGUCUCUCAACGCACGUGCUCAAGGUACACAACAGAAGACAGUGCUCGAGAUGUUCCUUCCUCGGUGAAGACGCCGCGCAGUUGCAGAUGCAUCAAUUGCACGUACAUCGCGUUAGCAGCGCCAACGCACCGGCUACGAGCUCGACGGCACAAGCCGCGCCACCGCCUACCAAUCGUCAGCAACAGCCCAUUCAUCCCGCUGCUGGAGGACGACCGCCACCUGGUCCACCGGUUUUCCCCGCACCGGCGCCGGCGAUCACACCUGCUACCACCGUAAUACCACCGACCACUAUACUCGGCCACGAGAUGGUAAAAUCACCUGCAACUGCAGCGACUAUGGCAUAUCCGUUGGAGGAAGAGAGGCGAAGGUCUCGAGGUCUUCUCGACCUCGAAAGACUCGAGCACGACAACGGGGAGGACAAGGACUGCGGCGAAUAUGGUCGCGUCAGCGAUAUCGAAAGCGUUUCUCGUGAUCGUGAUUCGGUCUUAACGUCUAAUCGUCAUUUUACGUGCAGCAUCAACUAUCACCGAAGUUUUCCCGACGACGGAAAGAGCUAUUCCACGUUUUCCAUCAACUUGGAACGCCUUCGCGAGGUGCGGUAUAGCGAGGAGAAGAAACCGAGCGAGAGGCGAUCCAGGAAGCAGAGACAACCGAGGAAGGCUGUCGGUUGCGAGGUUGAAGACGAAGAGCAACCGAUAAUAUUUUCGAGCGAUCCACCGAAGGAGAAGAGACCUUUCGAAAGUGAGACCGAUGUAAGCGAGGGAAAAGCAAUGAAAAAUCGAAAGAAAAGUUGCUUAGAAGAUUCUAGCGAAGUCCCGUCCGAAGAUCCUGGCGAAGCCCCGGCCGAAGAUCCUGGCGAAGGCCCGGACGAAGAUCCUGGCGAAGGCCCAGCCGAAGAUCCUGACGAAGGCCCGGCCGAGGAUCCUGGCGAAGGCUCGGCCGAAAGGUUACUCGCACCGAGACUUCUCAAGUGCCGCAUGUGUCCCGACGAUGCGCUCGCGUCCACAUCGUCCACUUACAAGCCUUAUCAUACCAAGGCUUCCUUGACACUUCACAGACUCUGGAGACACGAUAAAAGUGAGAAAAGUGAGAAAAGUGAUAAAAAGAGGAGGAAAAGCUCGAAAAAGGACAGCGACUCGGAGGUUUCGCAUUACGCGUCUCUCUCAUCGAUCACGCUCAAGGCCACGCUCUUUACCAAUACGAGCUACGACUACCACAGAUAACGCUCGGCGUAUCUUUCGAAUUUUGAAACGACUUGCGAAAUCGAUUCCUUUUCUUCUAAUUCAUAAGAUUAUUCGAAUAGUAUUAAUAAGCGGGCAAAUCUCAACGAGAUGGCGUACCGCAUUUAUCUUUUAGCCUGUUUACCGGGGAGGAAAUUUUCGAUCGGUGAGCGUGUGUUUCUAUCGCAAAUGAAUGAAAUUUAUUUCGACUCGAUUACAUUUGAUUGAAUAAAAAUAAAAUUAGGUUAGGAAACUUUGGAUGGUCGAUUGAAAAAGAAUAGGAGGAGGACUUUCUGUGUUUCUUUUUUUUUUCUUUUUUUUUUUUUUCUUCUUCUUUAAAUAAGAGUAAAACCUUUGUAACUCGAGUCCAGCCCCGCGAUUAACAGGUUCAGUGUUAAACGAUAAAAAAAGGCGCUUGUAAAUACGUAUAUAUCUAUUCUUGAUUGGGUGAUCGCGAUAUAAAAUGUUUGCAAGGCUACAACGAGAGAAUAGCUAUUUAAGGCGAAGUUAAGUUGACGAAGGUUAAUUGAAAAUUAAUCCAAUUCGAAAAGCGGUGUAGGGUUAUUUACGAUAUGAUCUCUAUUGCGAAGGAAGGAAAGAAAACGAGAAAAAGAGAAAAAAAGAGAAAAAGAAAAAAAAAAAAGAAAAGAAGAAAAAAAUUGAAAGCUUGGGAAAAGCUCAAAUACGAAAGCGUGGGAUUUAAUGUUUUAUAUUCGUGCCCAUUCGAUGUUCUCGUGCAUUUGUCUUCGUCCAUCUGUAAUCGUGUAAUCUCCUUUCCUUUUUACCCAACGGCGAGCCCUUUCUCCUUUCGAUAUACGAGGAGAAUAAUCUCGCGAGAACCCACUCGUAAUAGAUCGAAAUUUCAGCCGUCGUGCCGUUUCCAUAUCGCGCUCGCUGCUGAAAAUGACUUUUAUACAUAUAAACCAUUUGUACAAAACCAUUAUCUUGUUUACGUUAUUACAUUAAAUACAUUACGUCUAUUAUACUUUA